AUGACCUGUCUCCCCCUGGACAUCAUAAAUCUCAUCAUCGAUGAGAUAGACGAUGCCAUCACACUCCAGGCUACCUCCGUCGUCUGCAAGUCGCUGGUGGACGUCAGCCAGCGGCGGCUCUUCCGCUCGGUCACAAUCAGCAGAGCUGCUGGCGUUGGAGAUAUGCUCAAGUCCAACAAACGAAUCGCGGAGCUCGUUCAAACGCUGCGCCUGUUUCCGAGGCCAGACCACAUGGACAUCCUAGCAGUUUGUACGGGCUUGCGGGCACUCACCCUCGAAUAUAUCAAUUCAGAAACGAUCAACCCGUUUACGCCUACGCUGCCUUCUCAUAUCCAGAGUCUUCGCCUCGGGCGUUGCAGGUUUGGCUCGUAUGGCCUCUUUUCUACCUUCAUCCGUGCAAACUCCCACCUUCGUCGACUUGUAAUGGACGAUUGCGAUGUUUUCCAAGGCGGGGGCUCAGAAGAACCGUUGAAAUCUCAGCUCGCGCUACAAAUACUGGUGGUCUCUCGUACUAGGAACCACUUGGCCUCGACCUCCCUCUUUGCGCCGUUCCACCUCGACAGGGUCUCCGAGUUGAGCAUUACUCUGAGCUCUACCAACGAUGUCGCGCUGCUGCACCAGGUCCUCUGCGAAGCAGGCCUAAGACUGAUUACUAUGCGAAUCACUAUUUCCAGACAUGAGGAUUCGUUUAUUGAUGGAGUGUGCGAGUGCUUGUCCACGGCCUCGAAGUCGAGCCUACGCGACGUGACCUUGAUCAUAUCUGAUUCCCGUCACUGGAAUCUGUCGAUCGCGCUGCCCACUGUAAUCGUGAACGCGCUCAGCACGCCUGGGAUCGAGCGUAUCGCGCUCAACAUCUGGCCCGCGUUCAGCUUCUUCCUCCUCGACUCGACGGAACUUGAGGACUGGGAGGCGCUCGAUAGCGCACUCGCUUCUACGGACCGUUUUCCGAGUCUGAAGGAGGUUUCCGUCUUCCGGGUGACUUGUGAGAAGGCAAUGGUUCAUCCUCACCUAUCCCGGUAUCUUCCGCGAUGCGCGACCCAGGGCAUUCUCCUCUCCAAGUCCCAAUACGUCAAGCUUGACAUGAAUGGUGAUUGGUAG